AUGAAGGGUCUCCGACUGACGGUGAAGUUGACCAUCCAGAACCGGCAAGCAACUGUAUCAUUUGUGCCCACCACCUCGGCGUUGCUGAUUAAAGCAUUGAAGGAGCCGGUGCGCGAUCGAAAGAAAGUGAAGAACAUAAAGCACAAUGGCAGCAUCACCUUCCUUGACGUCCUUGAGGUGGCGCGCAUCAUGCGGCCGCGCUCACUGGCCCGAGAUCUUGCAGGCACCGUGAAAGAAGUGUUGGGCACUGCGCGUUCUAUCGGCUGCUCCAUCGACGGGGAGACACCGCAGGCAGUGAUUGAGAAGAUCAAUUCUGGGGAAAUCGCGGUGCCUGAGUAG